CCAGCAGGUUCGAAGAAAAUGGUUCGUUUUCACCCGGAUAGUAGCCUCACAGCAGACUCAUUGCGAAACAAAGUCAUUUUGAUCACGGGAGGGGCCAAUGGCAUCGGCGCGAGUCUGGUGGAAUACAGCUGCCAGCACGGGGCUUACGUCUGCGUUGGUGAUGUCGCUGUCGCAGCUGGCACGAACCUCGUCGAGCGCGUAUGCGCUGCAUCGUCAACAUCCACUCCCCCGAGAGCGAUAUUCCAAGAGGCCGACGUGACCGACUACCAGUCCAUCCUCGAUCUAUUCGACGCCGCUUACAAGACCUACGGCCGCAUCGACCACGUCGUCGCGGGGGCGGGAGUCCUGGAGAUCGGAAACUGGUUCGACCCUGAUCUCACGUUAGAGAGCGUGCGAGAGACCCCCUCCACAACCGUCCUCGACGUCAACCUUCUCGGGACCCUCUAUGUGGCUCGCCUCGCCGCCGUGUAUCUGCUCCAGAACCGACCGUCGCACACCGACCGCUCCCUCACGCUCUUCUCCUCCGUCGCGGGCUUCAAGGAGACCCCAGGGAUGUUCCUCUACCAGGCGACCAAGCACGGCGUCUUGGGGCUGAUGCGCUCGCUGCGGCCAUAUCUCCCCGCCCCGGCGCACCAGCUGCGCGUCAAUGCCGUUUGUCCGUGGAUGACCGACACCGAGAUGGUCAAGAACCUCCAGGAAGUCUGGAAGCAGGCUCAGCUACCGGUGAACUCUCCGUUGAGCGUGGCGACCAUUGUAGCGGGCUUGAUCACGGACCCGACCAUCAAUGGGAAGUCGAUCUACGUCGAGGGGGGACGGGGAUGGGAAAUCGAGGACAAUCUCGAUCGCCUGGAGCCGGAGUGGUUGGGCGCGGAGCCAUCGCGGUCAUUGGCGCGGGGGCAGGAGUUUUUGGCACUUGGGAGUAAGUGGCAGUAAGCUUGAUGUGGACUAUGAAUGGGUAUUUGAGUAUAACCCUACAGAUCUAAGCUGUAUGUACAGUACAGGCGAAUCCCUCGCCUCAGAAAGUACCGUACUGUACAAAGAAUCCAUCUUUAUCGAUAAGGAAGGACAAAGCCCGCGUGCGUUAUCGAUAGCAGAUAAAGUCCCCACCCACAGACCCGAGAUCGGCCCAAUCCCGUCCCCGGCAUUUGAUUACAGUAUCA